CCAGCCCCUCCUCAGAUGUUCUGCAGGACCUUCUGCAAGUUCACUGAAAGAUUUUUUUUCCUCCUUUAGGGAAAAAAAAAAUUGCAUGGGUCAGAGAAGGAAUUUUUCUCUGCAAAGCGCCAUUAGCAGCUCUGAUCCCUGCUGAGAUUGCACCACUAGCUCCUGGUGUUGGCUUUCUCCGGGCUACGUAACUUUUUUUGUUUUGAGGGGGGAAAGGGGAGCACAAGUUCCUUCCCAAGUGGCAUCAGAAGAACCCCCCCCCCCCUCCACCGUGCCAAACCUAUGAUCCUGGUUGAGGAGUGAUUCUGCUUGGGUUUCUUUAAAUCAAGCAGCAUACGCAACGCCGUGCCUUUAAAUUUCAUCUGAUUACCAAAUCCAGGUCUGGAGAUCACCCAAGAGAUCCACCCGUCUCCCCACAAAAAAAUCUAUCCAUUUGGAUCUGCUGAUCAGAGAUCUGCUGAUUCCCAAGAGGUCUAUUGGUUUCAGAUCUGUCAGUCUCCCGUCUUCAAGAGCUUUCCAUUGGGACUGACUGAUCUCCCAGAGAUCUAGCAAUUUCAAGAUCGAUCAACUUCACAUCUGCUGAUCUCCAAAAGUCUGUGUCUCUUCCUGCUUUUCGACGGGGUUUUCAGCUUGGAUUAAUUGAUCUCUUUAUCGGAUCGGUUGAACUAUUGACUCUCAGAUCUAUUGAUCUCGGAAAGAGCUAUCAACUCCGAGCUAUUGAUCUCAGAAAGCUCUAUUGAUUAGGAUCUAUCGAUCUCCCAAGGAGUUCCCGUUGCCCUGUUUCUCCCCGGGUGCGUACGGCAGGACUAGGGGAAGAUGUUCAGCUGGAUGAGGAAGAACGAGAAGAAGACUCCUGAGGUGAUCCACACGGUCACCGAGGGGCUGAAGAACCUCUACAAGAAGAAGUUGCUGCCCGUGGAGGAGUUCUACCGCUUUCAUGACUUCCACUCGCCGGCCCUGGAGGACGCCGACUUUGACAACAAGCCCAUGGUGCUGGUGGUGGGGCAGUACUCCACAGGGAAGACCACCUUCAUCAAGUACUUGCUGGAGCAGGACAUCCCGGGCAGCCGCAUCGGGCCCGAGCCCACCACUGACUCCUUCAUUGCGGUCAUGCACGGCGAGACCGAGGGGAUCAUCCCGGGCAACGCCCUCAUCGUUGACCCCAAGAAACCCUUCCGCAAGCUCAACCCCUUCGGGAACACCUUCCUCAACCGGUUCAUGUGCGCCCAGCUGCCCAACCAAGUCCUGGAGAGUAUCAGCCUCAUCGACACCCCGGGGAUCCUGUCGGGAGCCAAGCAGCGUGUGUGCCGGGGCUACGACUUCCCGGCCGUGCUGCAGUGGUUCGCAGAGCGCGUGGACCGCAUCAUCCUGCUCUUCGACGCUCACAAGCUGGAGAUCUCGGACGAGUUCUCGGAGGCCAUCCGAGCCCUGAAGGGCAACGAGGACAAGAUCCGGGUGGUCCUGAACAAGGCCGACAUGGUGGAUACGCAGCAGCUGAUGCGGGUCUAUGGGGCCCUCAUGUGGUCCCUGGGGAAGGUGUUCAACACCCCCGAGGUGCUGCGUGUCUUCAUUGGCUCCUUCUGGGCCGAGCCGCUGCUCGUCUCCGACAACCGGCGGCUCUUCGAGCUGGAGGAGCAGGACUUGUUCCAGGACAUCCAGAACCUGCCCCGCAACUCGGCCCUCCGCAAGCUCAACGACCUGGUCAAGAGAGCCCGGCUCGUCAGGGUCCACGCCCACAUCAUCAGCCACCUGAAGAAGGAGAUGCCCUCGGUGUUCGGGAAGGACAACAAGAAGAAACACCUGAUCGCCAAGCUGCCCGUCAUCUUCGCCAAGAUCCAGCUGGAGCAUCACAUCUCGCCCGGCGACUUCCCCGACUGCGGCAAGAUGCAGGAGCUGCUGAUGGUUCACGACUUCACCAAGUUCCACGCGCUGAAGCCGCGGCUGCUGGAGGGGCUGGACGAGAUGCUGACGGGCGACAUCGCCCGGCUGAUGCCCCUGCUGCGCCAGGAGGAGCUGGAGACGCCGGAGGGCGCGGUGCAGGGGGGGGCCUUCGACAUCACCCACAACGGCCCCUUCGUGGAGGGCCUGGCCGACGGCGCCUACGAGGGGGCGGACGACGAGGACUGGGUGGUGACCAAGGACAAGCCCAAAUACGACGAGAUCUUCUACAACCUCUCGCCCCUGGACGGGAAGCUGAGCGGCACCAAGGCCAAGAGCUGGAUGGUGGCCACCAAGCUGCCCAACUCGGUGCUGGGCAAGAUCUGGAAGUUGAGCGACGUGGACCGGGACGGCAUGCUGGACGACGAGGAGUUCGCCCUGGCCAGCCACCUCAUCGAGGUCAAGCUGGAGGGGCACGGCCUGCCCGCCGACCUGCCCCGCCACCUGGUGCCCCCCUCCAAGAGGAGGCAGAAGGGCUCGGCCGAGUAACGGGCCCCGGUUCUCACCCCCCCUGCCCCUGUGCCAGGGUGAACUGCUCCAGGUGACCCCAAUCUCCCCCC